CGCCCCCGAGGCGCCCCGGAGCGCGUCCCCGAGGCGCGGCGCGGCCCUCCCGCGGCCGGGGCGGUGCCGCCCGCGCCCGCAGCUGCCCCGGAUCCAGUCCCGCUCGCCGCUUCCUGCGGCCGCCCCGCCUCUCCAUGGCGGUGCCCGGCGCGGGUCCUGCCGGGAAGGGAGCGGCGCGGCUCGGCCUCGCAGCCUGAGCGGCGGCAGCGCCGCCAUGUCCGGGGGCAGCAGCGCCGGCGAGUGGUGCCUCAUGGAGAGCGACCCGGGCGUAUUCACCGAGCUCAUCAAGGGCUUCGGCUGUAGAGGAGCACAAGUUGAAGAAAUAUGGAGUUUGGAGCCAGAGAACUUUGAAAAAUUGAAGCCAGUACAUGGGCUGAUUUUUCUCUUCAAGUGGCAGCCCGGAGAGGAGCCAGCGGGUUCUGUUGUCCAGGAUUCCAGACUGGAUACAAUAUUUUUUGCUAAGCAGGUCAUUAAUAAUGCCUGUGCAACUCAAGCCAUAGUAAGUGUGCUGUUAAACUGUGCUCAUCAAGACAUUCAUCUAGGAGAGACCUUGUCAGAAUUUAAAGAAUUUUCCCAAAGCUUUGAUGCUGCAAUGAAAGGUUUGGCACUGAGCAACUCAGAAGUGAUUCGGCAAGUUCACAACAGUUUUGCCAGGCAACAGAUGUUUGAGUUUGAUGCAAAGUCUUCAGCAAAGGAAGAAGAUGCCUUUCACUUUGUAAGCUAUGUUCCUGUUAAUGGGAGGCUAUAUGAGCUAGAUGGCUUAAGGGAAGGACCAAUUGAUUUAGGUGCAUGCCAUCAGGAUGACUGGAUAAGUGCAGUGCGGCCCGUCAUAGAGAAGCGCAUACAAAAAUACAGUGAAGGUGAGAUAAGGUUUAACCUGAUGGCUAUUGUGUCUGACAGGAAGAUGAUAUAUGAGCAGAGGAUUGCAGAGCUACAGCAGCAACUGGCAGAGGAGGAGCCUAUGGAUACAGAUCAAAGUAGUAAUGUGUUAAGUUCUAUACAAUCAGAAGUUGCAAAAUACCAGAUGUUAAUUGAAGAAGAGAACCAAAAAUUAAAAAGAUAUAAGAUUGAAAAUAUUAGAAGAAAACAUAACUACCUGCCUUUCAUCAUGGAAUUGUUAAAGACUCUAGCAGAGCACCAGCAGUUAAUACCCUUAGUAGAAAAAGCAAAAGAAAAACAGAAUGCCAAGAAAGCUCAGGAGGCCAAAUGAAGAUGACUUUGCAAAACACAUACAGUUACUUGCUUCUGAUACUAUUUUCAUGACAACAAAUAAAGCUUUUCAUAAACUUCAAUUUUUGUCCAGUGCACGUUUGCCAGUUGUAAUGGUUUGUCCUGUACUGUUUGCAUGGGUCUGACUCUUCCUUCCCCUGCAUCCUGUGCAUGUAGUACUGCUGAGCAAUGUUUAGGUUCUCCUGGUCACAUUCAGUAUUUAACAGUCUGUCUGAAAGCUUGGGAAGUGGACCCAGAAAUGUGCAAGGAAAAUGUCCCCAUUUUGUCCCACUGGAACAUGAUAAUGAUACAAAUGCCAGAGGUUUAAGUAUAAGCAUGAGCUUUCUUUGCUCAUCCCUACUAACAGUUACAAUCCUGCCAGUUGUUCGGUGACAUAGCCUCUGUCUUUGUUUUGUUUUUAUGAAGUAUGUGUCUAAUUUUUUUACAAAAUGGAAAAGUAUUAAUUUAGCUGUAGAAACAUUUGCAAAGACCAAUGUAUAAUCUCAAAAGAACUGCAUUGCUUUGGUAGAAAAGAUAAUAAAUAUUCCCAUUUUUAUUUUGGCAAA